UGCGCGCAAUGCGGAAGGGAAUGCGGCGGUGCAGCGACAUGAAGGAGGAGAAUCACACAUGACAGAGUUAUUAAUUAUCGGAGUUUAAUUAAGUGUUCAGAUGAUUGUCUGUAAUUUCAGUCAGGAUGCCGCUUUUGAGUCAGAAUAAGCGAAUAGAGCGCGUGAACUCCACCGCGGAGCUCUUCGGCAGAUUCCCGCACCUCAAGGACGGGGCGCAGCAGUUUGUGUCCAGAAGUGCAGAGCCGGUGGACCCUAAAAACCUCCUGUACAUCCAGCAGAGGGAGUUUGCAGUGACCACACCAGCAGACAAUUCGGUCUCCAUCCUGGGAUCCGAUGACGCCACAACGUGCCAUUUAGUUGUGCUUCGACACACAGGCAGUGGAGUGACGUGUUUGGCUCACUGCGAUGGCUCCAGCACAUGGACUGAAGUUCCUCUAAUAAUCAACGCCGUCACAUCCAGAUGCAGCAGCAGCAGCAGCGCGGUGAAAGACGGCAGGCUGGAGCUUCAUCUGGUUGGAGGAUUUGAUGAUGACCGGAGGAUCUCACACUCACUCAGCCUUAAUAUUCUGGCUGCCUUUCAGAAACAGAAAGAAGAGAUUCACCUGGAGACAUGCUGCAUCACAGACAUGAAUGACGUCAUCAAAGACGGGAUUCAUCGACCUGUGAUUUAUGGGAUAGGUGUGAAUGUUAAAACAGGUCACGUGUUUCCAGCCUCCUUCACCUGUCGAGGACCAGCAGAGGAGCUCAGGUCGGCACGCACCUUCUCUGGUGGACAGAUGGUUGAAGUGUAUGAUUCUGCACGAGAGCUUGUAAAGAUCGACCCGUGCAGAUGGACACCCAAUGAGGACAUGGCCUUCUGGCUGACACAAGAUGAUGAAACCAUCCUGCAGUAUUUGUCCACCUCGCCGUAUGCAGAACCUCCUCAUUUUGUCCACCACAUUAAAUCCACCAUCCAGUUCCUGCUGGAGCACCCGACCGCGGACGCUCUGUUUCCAGACGCUCAGCCGCAGUUUUACAGCCGUGUGGAGGACGGCCGCUGGAAGAGAGUCUGAAACCCACAAAUAAAGAAACACACUAAUAAAGGCCUUUAACAUCUGCACUUACAGCAGAAGCUCCUUCACACACACACACACACACACACAGCUGAAAGAUUAUACUCAGGAAAGCAGAGACCUCUUAAAGGAACACUCCACCUUUUUUUUUCCUUUUGAAAUCUGUCAGUGGCAUUAUUAUUUUGGGGGACGCGUGUUGAAAUGUUUGGGAACCCCUGUCCUAGAGGAUAGUAUUUUCCGACAGUCUUAUCACACAAUGAAACUACAGAAGACUAGAGCUUUAAAUAAGAAAAUCAGCUUAUUUUUUUAUAUUUUUGUAAUUAAAUGCUAAUGGUCUAAUCCGAUUCAAUUCAUUAUGCUAAGCUAAGCUAAAAGUGCUUCCGCCAGAUCAAUAGCUCUGCUCAAUGGAUUAAAAAGUUGUUCAAGUUUACUGUUUAACUGUAGGAGACUUGUAAAAUUAGUCUUUAUUAAAACAAAGUGCAGUGUUCCUUUAAUAACCAGAGGGGAAAAUCUGAAGCUGCUUUCACUAAAACUCUCCUCAUUGAUGCAUUUAUUACAGAUUUGAAGCUGUAAGCCCUUACAUAAAAACAAGAGCCUAUGGACUUUUAUUUUGGUAUCAUUUUUAUGUCUUGUUUGUUGUGUGUGUUUAUGCUGAUGUGUACUUUUUUUUAAAAGCUUAUAGCACUCUGUAUUUUUUCUUUAUAAUCUUUAUUUGAUUUGCUGAUAAAAAUUAUAAUGAUGCUCCAUUAAUGUAUUUAAUAACAUGAAUAAAUGAAGAACAGCGCAUUUGCUACAGUAUUUGUUAAUCUUUGCUAAUGGUACUGAAAAAACAGUCAUUGUUAGUUCUCUCAGUGCAUGAACUAAUGUUAACAAGCACAGCUUUAAUUACAUGUUUAAUAAUGCGUGUAAUUAAAUGCAUCAUAUUUUGAAAGUAGUAAAUGUUGAACUGUGAUUAAUAAAUGCUGUAUACCAUUGUUCAUGUUAGUAAAUAUAUGAACUUAAUGGAGCAUUAUUUUAAAGUGUUACCCAUUUUCUCACUUGUGAAUUUGUAAAUACAGUAUGUUUUAGGGUGAAUAAGAGAAUUAAACAUAUAU